AUGCUUGGUCGUAUACUCGUCCGUCAAAACACCACGGAAGAUAUUGCGACUAUACGCAGCUAUCAAGAUCAGACGUUCCUCAAAACAACUCUUCGCAAUAUAUCUCAGCCUUUCACAGCACAAGCACCUAGACUGUCGCGCGAUCUCAUUGACACUUCGAACGCCACCGACAGAGUCACGGGCUACCUAGAACUGCUGGCCAAGAUUGGGCAGUUCAACCAACCUGACGUAAUCUCAGACCGGUACCAAGUAGCGUCCAAACUUGGGCUUGCUGGCAUCGCAGAUGGGAUCUACUCUCCACCUCGCACGGUCAACCUGACUGCCGCGAUUAUUGCAGCGAACGCCAGUAUCUCAGCAGCUUACUCCCAAAACCUAAUCAAUGUCGGCAACAACUGGGUAAUCCCCAAAGUAAAAUGCCAAGGCAUCUUCGGCGUUGAAUACGGCUGUCGUGCAUACCGCGCACUCCGCGGUUAUCUGGGUCUGGUACAGUCCGAAAACCUCUUCAUCACAAACAAAUCCGACAAUUUGACUUUGAGCCCGACGUCGGCCUUUCUCUUCACCUUCUUUGGCAAGCCCCCGAUCAAGUCGACCGGGUUCUGGAGUUUGACCGUGUAUGGAGCGGACCAGUAUCUAGUGCCCAAUGAGCUGGGUAAAUACGUCAUCGGCGACCGAAGCACGCAGCUGAAGUACGAGGAUGGAGGCCUGGUGUAUGAUGAUGAUGGCGCGAAUCCCGCGAACGAGACGGCGGAUGGGAAAUUCCAGGUCCUACUGCAACCUGCUGACAUUCCCGCACCGGAUAACUGGACUAGCAAGUGA